GUCGCCUACAAUCGCCCAAGUUUACAUCGCCCUGGGGUGCCUAAACUUCUUAAAGUUUCGAGAAGUCCGCUUCCUUUCACAAACCUCCUCCAUCCGCCGUCAAUCGUGCACUCGAUCUGUGCUCUCCUCCUUGCUUUAAAUUCAUUUCCGCGACCUUACAACGGUCUAACAUGGCGGACCACGAUACGCUCAUCAGCAAUUUCUGCGAGUUGACGGGCGCUUCAACCGAACAGGCUACCGAGUACCUCAGUGCGAGCCAGUGGGAUAUCGACUCUGCCGUUACGUCAUAUUACACAGACAUGGAUGAGGGUGGUCCGGCGGCCCCAGAACCAGAAGCCGCGGGCGCCGUUCCCGGUCCGGAAUAUACUGGCCCACGGACCUUGGAUGGCCGUCCCGCACCUGAAUAUGCUGGCACUUCCUCGGCCUCUAGAGCCAAAAAACCACAGAAACGGACAGGCAUUGCCACCUUUAGUUCUUUAGGUGCUGGGCAUAGUCACGACGACGAUGACGACGACGACGAUGAUGAAUACGACGACGAGGAGCGGCGAGACAUGUUCGCUGGUGGAGAGAAGUCAGGUCUGGCAGUCCAAGAUCGGCCGGCGGCCAAUGAUCCGAGAAAGUUGAUUGGUGAUAUUGUGGCCAAGGCGAAAGCGAAUGCGCGAGAGCCUGGAUCUUCGAGCGCCGCGGGCCCCUCGAGCUCCCGUUUUCGCGGAGGGGGUCAGACACUUGGCGGUGAUGGCGUAGAGAGCCGCCGGAUACCCGACCCGCGUGGCAACCCCAUUCCGACCGUCUCCAACGAUGGCCCCGUGCAAGAGCGCACCCUCCAUAUUUGGAACGAUGGCUUUAGCAUUGAUGAUGGCGAGUUGCGUCGCUUUGACGAUCCCAACAACCGCGCCGACUUGCAGAUGAUCCGAGAAGGACGGGCGCCGAUACACCUGAUGAAUGUAAGGCUGGAUCAGCGGGUGGACGUGAAGCUGCAGCAGCACAACGAGAAUUACCGCCCUCUCCCCAAGGUCUACCGCCCAUUUAGCGGCGAGGGCCGCCGUCUGGGAAGCCCCGUCCCUGGUGAGACGGCCCCAGCUCCGCCAGCAGCCGCUCCCGCUACUACUACAAGCACGAGCUCCACACAGCAAGCCUCAGCCUCGACAGGUGUGGACGAGUCACAACCAACGUUGAUGCUCCGCAUCCAGUUGCCUGAUGGCACUCGCCUCCCUGCGCGCUUCAACACCACCCAGACGGUUGGUGAUGUCUAUGAUUUUAUCCAGCGCGCCUCCCCAUCUGUCAGCGGCCGCCAGUGGGUGCUUUCCACAACAUUCCCCAACAAGGAACACGAAGACAAAGGGUUGGUACUGGGCGAGAUGGCCGAGUUCAAGAGGGGUGGGACGGCCGUGGUCAAGUGGAAAUAAGCUGCUGAGAAUGUGGAUCUGAGCUCGAGGCGUGGCUCAUGCAUGCUGAGCCGGUUCGGGGUGCUGGGCUGUAUAAUAGCAUGAAUGGGAGAGAUGAAUGACAAUGGCACAGUGAAAUCGCCAUGGUUCAAGCCACGAUGCCCACCGUGACAGGGAUGCUUUGGGAUAGAUUUCCAACGCAACUCAAUAAUCGCUAUGCCUACCCGUCCCAACACUAACCAAAUAU